CUCGAGCACAGUGCAGUCCAUGACCACUGUGGGGAAAAAUAUUUUGUUUUUCUGCAAUGUAGGUAAGCUGCCAUCUUGCAUCGCAUUCUGCCUCAACACUGAAACCAAGUUAAUGAGAAAAUUGUCUGCUUUGGGUGGUGUUGAUGGUCAAAUUGUGAGCUUUAAAGACGAACAGGCCACUUAUCUUCUGUCAGAGAAUGGGUCUCUCCUGAAAUUUGUGGACACGAGCAGUAAACCCAGCAUCCAGUUCAUGACAAAGCUUUGGGGGUUCACUUGGGGGAUAACUGGUGCAUUAGUUUACAGGAAGGAGUUAUUCCUCUUUGGGAAACCAAACAAAAAGAUUGAGGGUAUUAGCCUUCCUUGUGGUCAAGCUUACUGUCCUGUUGAUGAUGCCACCAAAAAGCUCUGGCCAUGGUCCACAAGCCUGCCCGGGUAUUUUGAACAAAUCAAAGUUGUUUCCAUUGAAUCAAGAUCAAAGUGCUUCCCAGUAAUUGUUCCCAAGAAAUGGAUGAGUGAUCAGAGUCUUUAUCCCAAAACGGCUUAAGCCAAUUAAAAAGGUAUUUGUUUUUCUUUACAUUACUCACCUGUGAACCUUUUGGACUAAGUGACUUGCCCAACUAUCAAAUCCCAAUCAAGAUCUUAAAAAAUUAUUUUUAAGUUAAUUUCAAGAACGUGAUUAAUACCCAAAAUUUGAGACUUUAUUCCUGAUACAAGUACAAGAGCAAGCAGUUCUUGAUUUAUUAAAGUUCGAUUUACCGAAGGUCGGUUAUAACAAACUAUCACUAUGUAAAGUUUUUUUUUUUUUUAAUACUUUAUAAAAGCUAUUUACAUAAGUAUCUAGUUUUCUCCUUGUACAUUUCAAACUUUUAUUUUAAAUUCUUACCAUAAUGAUAACGAAAUGUUCAUACGCAAUAUUUAUUUAUGGAUUUUCGUUUUUAAUGACCUGAAGCAUAGUGGAGCACAUAAUUUAAUUAUAGCAUUGGAAAUAAAUUCAAAUUUGGGUUUAUUUAAAAACAAAACAAAAAAACACAUUUAUAAAAAUAUUUGAACUCUAUUAUUUUUAAAAAAAAACACAAAAUACCAGCCAUCAGGCUUCUUUCCUUUCUGUUGAAUUGAUGAAGAAUAAUUGAUUGAUUUUCAAACAGGCAGGAAAGCAUUGCGAUGUAUUCACUUUAAUCUGCGGGUAUAUUUUCUGGUUUAUGUCAGAAAUAACUUUAUUUACAUUAAUUUUUUCCUAGGUUUGUUAUGCCAUCUUGAUUGACUGCUGUCAAUGAUUCUGGAAACUACCAUGAUACCCUGAUGUGGUGGGUCCACCCCGUAAACUUUGCCCGCAGCUACAUUCGGAUUAUGUUGCGCCCCCUAUUUCAUGGUUUUGACUGCAAGGUUCAUAACUUGAACACAUGACUAAAGUUAUACCAGCCAUUCUCAGAUUUGCAAAUUUAACAGGGCAAAGAUGGAUGUAUGGGAGUGGCUAUCGACAUCCAAUGUUUAGUAUACUACAUAUCUCUGAAUCUCUCCAAAGUCACAAAGACAGUGUAUUGGUGGAUGUUCACUUGUUUUCCAUUCAUGAACUGAUCUUUUUC